GAUAGCCGUGGACAAUGCCGAACGAUUGCGCGACAUGGAUGCGAAUGUGUUGCCCGUUCUGCUGCGACUCCAACAGCUGACCAGCCUCAAUCUUUGCGUCAUUCUUCUGUCCCAACUUCCCUUUGAGAAGUUCUACAACAAGACGGGUCUGACGGAAGUCAUUAGUCUGCAUUUUGCCCAGUAUAACAAGGCAGAGACCCAGCGCAUUCUCAGCUCGUACUUUUUCCAGGUGCGCGGGCAGCUGCUCAAGUAAUUUUCGAAGGAUGCC